AUGGGGCAAUCGGGAAGUCGUGCGCGCGUCGCUGUCGCCGCAUCCCGCGGUGAAGAAGUGAAGGCGGUGCAGGUGGAUAAGGCGGAGCUGCGGAAGCGGCUGUCGCAGCAGGAGUACCACGUGACGCAGGAGAAGGGCACGGAGCGCGCCUUCACCGGCAAGUACUGGGAUGACAAGCGCAAGGGCACGUACCACUGCAUCUGCUGCGACACCCCGCUCUUCAGUUCAAGCACCAAGUUUGACAGUGGCACGGGAUGGCCAUCAUUCUACGACCAGAUAGCCAGCAACGUGAAGCAGGAGACGGACUGGUCCAUCCCCUUCAUGCCACGUGUGGAGGUGCUCUGUGCUGCCUGUAAUGCACACCUUGGCCAUGUCUUCCCCGACGGCCCUCCCCCCACCCGCCAACGAUACUGCAUCAACAGUGCAUCGCUUCGUUUGGAUACCAGCGCGUAG